UUUGGAUUCUAUGGUUCUACCUACCUUUCUUUUUCUUUUUUGUUUUUCAGCUUGUCCUGCUUUUCCAUGCAACUUGCAACCGGAAAGAAAAAGAUGCCCAAAACAAAACCAGUGUGCGUCAAUAAUUCUCCAUUGACUUGCUAGCAGUAAAAAAAUAUAGGUCUUCCUUCUCUGUACUCCUUAAGCUUUACACCUCUGAGUUUUCCUUUGCUUAUUCUCUCUUCAACUUCCUCAGUUUAGCCACAAGCUACAGAUCCGGUACCAAUUUUGUGCUUCUUUGCUUUGCCUUCAGCUCCACUUAUUUUCUACUUCUUCACCUCAUUUUGCCAAUUGAUCUGGAGGUAUAUAUACACUACAUAUUUUUUACUACUGUUUUUCUCUCUUGGAUGUGUAGAAGAGUUAACUUCUGUUUGAAUCUCUGCUAAACAUAUGGCAAUUUUCUUAAUGGCGGACAUUGCAACGCUAAUUCUUGAGAUCAUAAAGUGCAUAGCAACUCCAACAUGCCGUUGUGUAGAUUAUCAUAGAAAAUUCAAGGAAGAUGUGGAGGAUCUCAAAAGCAAAUUGAGAGAUCUAAAUAGCAGAAAAAAGGAUGUAGAAACACAACUACAAGUAGAGGUUUGCUCGCAAAAACAAGUCAAGCAACAGGUGGAGGACUGGCUUCAAGAUGCGCAGAGGAUCAAUGAUGAAAUUCAACAGGCGGAGCAAAGGGUGGAUAAUGCUUUAUUUCUCUCACGAGCUCGUCUUGGAAAACUUGUUCGUGAAAAAAUUAUUGCUGUGGAUGCAGUUCUUCAACGAGGCCAUUUUCCUGAAGGACUGGUAGUUAAUAAGCCUGCAACUGCUUUGCCUUUACCGGUAGAGAAUCUAGAAGGCGAGGUUUCUGUGAAGGAAAAGAUAUGGGGAUACUUGACAGGCAAUGAGGUCCAAAUGAUUGGUGUUUGUGGAAUCGGGGGUGUUGGAAAGACCACCAUUAUGAAGCAUAUCCAUAAUGAAUUACUAUUGAUGAAGUCCAUAUUUGAUAAAGUGAUCUGGGUUACCGUCUCAUAUCCACUCAAUGUUGUGAGAUUACAGCAUGAAAUUGCCAAGGGGAUGAGGAUGAAUGAAAGCCUAAUAGAGAAUGAGGAUGAGCAAUGGCGAGCUUCUGAAUUGAUGAGGAUGAUGGGAAGCGUGAAAUAUGCAUUGAUAUUAGAUGAUGUUUGGCAAAGAUUUACUUUUGAAGAUGUUGGAAUCUUGAGACCAACAACGGAAAAUGGUUGCAAAAUAGUUAUUACUAGUAGAAAGGUGGAUGUAUGCAAGUCCCUUGGUUGUAAAAUAGUUAAAGUGUCUCCUCUUUCAAAGGAAGAGUCUUUGAAUUUGUUCUUAGAUAAGGUGGGAAGUGACAUUCCACAAGUUCCAGAAUUGGAAGAAAUUUGGAAGGCCAUGGUGGACGAGUGUGCUGGACUACCCCUAGCUAUUGUUGUAAUAGCUAGGAGCAUGAAAGGAAUAACUGAUGUCCGUGAGUGGAGGCAUGCUUUAAAUGAAUUGCGUGAACGCGUAAAAGCUACAGCUAAAGGUUCAGAAGAUGAGAUAUUUGAGCGAUUGAGGUUUAGCUAUGAUCGUUUGCAAGAUUCAAAUAUCCAAAAUUGUUUCUUAUCUUGCUCAUUAUAUCCUGAAGACUAUGAAAUUAGAAAAGAUGAUCUAGUCAAACAAUGGAUUGAUGAGGGACUUGUUGAAGAAUUAGGGAGUAGACGAGCAAUGCUUGAUAAAGGAUGGACCAUAUUAAACAAACUUGAGAACAGUUGUCUGUUAGAGAAAGGUCACUCCGAGGACUUUAUUAAAAUGCAUGAUGUUGUGAGAGAUAUGACAUUGCGCAUCAAGAGCAUCGGUCCUCAAUUUAUGGUGAAAGCUGGUAUGCAAUUGAGGGAGAUACCAGAUGAGGAUAAAUGGACUGAAAAUCUCGAAAAGGUUUCCUUGAUGAAAAAUGAAAUUUCAAAUAUUCCUCUAAAUAUGUGCCCAAAUUGUCCCAAUCUCACAACCUUGAUGUUGCAAAAAAAUAACAAAUUGACCAAAAUUCCAGAUUGCUUUUUUGCAAGCAUGCAAGGGCUCAACUUUCUCAAUCUUUCAGAAACUGGUGUUGAAAGUCUACCUAAUUCCAUCUGCAAUUUGGAGAAUCUUACUGCAUUGCUCUUGCAUGGUUGUGAUAAUUUAAAACAACUGCCUUGCUUGGCAAAGCUUCAAGCAUUGAAGAAGUUGGAUUUGUUUAGGGCAGGAAUUAAGGUGGUCCCGGAAGGCAUUGAAAUGCUUGAAAAUCUCCAAUAUCUUGAUUUAUGGUGUCCAAAUUUGGUAGAGCUACCAAGUCGAAGAAUACUCACCAUUGACUUGAGCAAUUAUGUCAAGUCAAACCAUUCUAAAAGAUUGAGUAAUUACGUGUUUAUGGUUGGACAAGUGGAGCCUGACUUUAAUGAUGCUGAUUUGUCUAAAAUGAUAAGUUUAGGAGAAUGUGAGAUAGGUGGAGAAGAUAGUGUGGUGCUUCCAAAUGACAUGCAACAAUUGUGGAUUUAUAAGUGUAGAAAAUUUCGAAGCUUAAGUGAUAUUCAUUCUCUCAAAAAUACAACGAAGUUGAGAAAGUGUUGUGUUACUAAGUGUGAAGAGAUAGAGUGCGUGGUUGACAUGGUCAUGUCAUCGUUCUCCUUCAUUAAAAACCUUGAGGAGCUAUGGCUUGAUAAGUUGCCUAACUUGAGCAUUGUUGUGGACGUGGAAGGAGAAGAAGCAACACUGCCUCACAUCUUUUCCAAUCUUAAAAGCUUUUGGAUGAGGGGAUGUUCUAGAAUGAAGAGGCUGUUUCCAUUUGAGCUGCUGCAAGGCCUCCAAAACUUGGAGAAGAUUACAAUUGGGGAAUGUGAACAAAUGGAAGAAAUAAUAGGAUGGGAAGGAGAGGAAGAAAAUCACAUAACUGAUGCAGCUACUACUACUACUACAUUCACUCUUCCAAAAUUACGAGCGUUGGAUUUGUGGAAUUUACCAGAAUUGAAGAGAAUUUGCCCCACAAGAGGAGUAAUGGUUUGUGAUUCUCUCCAACAAUUAGAAAUAAAGAAAUGUCCAGAGCUAAGGAGGAUUCCCCUAGUAGGAAAUGUGCAACCAUCUCCUCCCGCUGCUCUAAAUUAUAUUAGGGUAUGGCCACAAGAAUUGUGGGAAUCAAUGGAGUGGGAUGAUCCCAAUGCCAAAAAUGUCCUUCAACCCUUCAUGGAUUUCCUUUGAGGAUCGCAAAUGGAAAGCUUUGCAUCAAAUCAGAUGGCUGAGAUCCAAUACCACUGGUAAGCCUUCUUUUCUUUUCUUAUUAAUGUUCAAAUUGCAAUAUUUCACACUCGUUUCCUUUUUCCCCCUUUUUUUGCGAAAUAUCCUUUAUUUUUCUUAAUCAUAUAUUCACUAUCGAACCAUUUGAAACCAAAUAUUUUUGUGGUUCAUAUAUAUAGAUUGAUCUUGUGGCUCAUGUUCUUAGCCAUCACUCGAUUCAAUUCUCUCAUAAUCAUUAAUGUUUAAUUAAUUCAUCUUUCAACUAGUGUGCAAUGUAUGAAUAACUAAUUGAUCUUGUGUUAAUUGAUUUUGAUUAAAUUGGUUGCUGUUGUCAUUUAAUUGAUCUAUUGUGAUUUGUGGGAAAGAUUGUCAAGUUUAUAUCAUUUUUGGGAUUGAGGGCAACAAGUUAGGGAAGAUUUGAGCCUAUUUUUGGUUGUGCACAUCAGGUGUUUGAUGAAUGCCUGUGUGAGGAUAUGGGUUUGUUUUCUGAAAUGUGUUUGCUGGGAUAGGCUACACAAGACUAGGUACAGGGGUUUAGAAAGAUGGCCUAAGGUAUUUUAGGGUGAUACGCUACAUAUGUUUUCGAGUUGAGAAUUUUUGUAAUAUGUGGAAUAGAUUACUCCUUAAUCC